AUGAAUAUUAAAUUAUCGGAUCUUGUGAAUGAUGUCUUGGCUGUUGCAAAAGAUAAAACUCAAUCCAUGAAUCAUGUUUUCAAUACAACAGCAACAGACAAACCAGCAGUCGAUAAUACAGCAACAACAGACAAACCAGCAGUCGAUAAUACAACGCAAGUAACAGUCGAAGAACAAGCAGACAUGUCAAUAAUAAUACCGUCAAAACAAGAAGAAGAAGAAGUAUUGACUCAAGAUGCAAUAACCAAAAUGAAAUAUAAAGACCAUCAGUUUAUUUUGCUAUGCAAGAAAUUCACUGACAUUCGAAAUACGCUCAUGUCUAUUCAACACAGUGUGAUUCCUUCAAUACCAUCUAUUGUCGUGAUUGGAUCUCGACAAAGCAAUGCUAAUUUUAUGAUUGAAAUGAUCUUGGGUCAGCCCUUUCUAUCAAAAGCAUUGGAAUUUGAGUUUGUUAAUGAUUCAAAUCUAUCUGAGACUAGGAUGACUUGGGAUGGACAAGAAAAGUGGUAUUCAAUUCAAGAAGGAGCAAGACAACUUGAACUGGGACAUACACCCACCAAAGUAAUGUUUCAUGGUCCUUAUCUCCCUUGCCUUCAUCUGUAUGAUAUACCAGAGCAUCAUAGUAUGGUCAAUACUUACAUCCACCGUGACCCUUAUGCCGUUAUCCUGGCUAUUCAUGAUACUUCUUUGUCUUUCUCAGCAUCACCCACAGCCAAACUAUGCCAUCACCAUGAUCCAGGGAUGAGACGAACACUUCCUAUUUUAACCGGAGACACAGCCGCAUACAAAGACCAAUACCCUGCGCAUUACCUUGACAUGUCUACAAACAACGCGGAUAAACAACUUAAAUCCCGCUUAUGGAAGAUGCUUGAACAAGCUAUGCAACAUACCAUGUAUCGCCUUAUCGACACAAUUCAAACCGAACUAGGAGAAAGCAGUUAUCUUUUCAAAGUGAUUUACAACGACCGUCAACUCACACCUGCUUCUUAUCUGACGGAUACCAUGGACGCACUCAAGGCAGGAUUUAAAGGGUGCACUGCGCAGCUCAGUAAGCCCCAAUUGCGGUCUGAAGUACGACAUCUACUUGAACAGAACGUGCUGGACGUAUGCGCAGAACAGUAUUGGUCAGAUGCCAACAUACGCCAAUUAUCCAAAGCGCAUCCGGAUGAUUUUUACUGGUUGUACAAGAUGGACUUGGCUUCCGCAGCAAUCACAAAAAGUGGCAUUGGUCGUAUCACUACACAAUGGGUGAUCGAUGUAGUCAUGGCUCAUAUCAACAAUUUGGUUAAAAUAGAACCGUUUCAGUUUCAUGGGAAUGUGCAACAACGCAUUGUGGAUUUGACGCAAGAUUUGUUACGCAAAAAGUAUGUGCAGACAAGCGACCAAGUGGAAAAUACCAUCAAGCCUUACAAGUAUGAGGUGGAAGUGACAGAGGCAGAAUGGAAAGAUGGAGUCAAACGCACUAUUAGAUUGUUGGAAAAAGAAUUAGCCAUGUGUGAAGACAUGCUCUGGACCCUCAAAAAAACCAUAGGAAGGAAACGGUUGCGUAGUGCUAUCAGACGUGUCUUGGACACAGAACAAACGGAACAACCAUCUAGCCGUAUUUUGGAAAAGGCACAAGAAGCAUUGUUCUUACAAGACCGUGCCAUGAUUAUCAAAUAUCGAUUAGCCGCACUUAAAAGUAGACAAUGCAAAUCAUUUGAAAAUAAGCAGUAUUGCCCUGAAGCCUUUUUGACCGUGGUUGCAGACAAGUUGGCUUAUACUGCAGUGAUGUUUAUUCAGAUUGAACUAUUGAAUGAUUUCUUUGCUGAUUUCCCAGUGGAAGUGAUUGACAAUCGUAUUAUUCAUCCGAUGAGCCCUGAACAAAUAGACAAGUUUGCUAAAGAAAACCCCUCUGUACAGAAACAUCUAGUUCUACAAGAAAAAAAGAUGAAACUACAAGAAGUCAUGGACUUGUUGGAUUAUCUUGUAAAGCGACAUGACAUCGAAUAA